AUGAUUAUUAGAAAAAAGCUUAAUAGAUUUACUGAUGCAGUAGAUAACGAUAAUAUUGUCUUAGACACGGUUCACAACAGGAAACUGGAUGACAAAAUCAAAAAUAAUUCCAUCGAAAGCAAUCAAGAUUUCAAUCUUAAUCAGCUGAAGGAAGAAAAAGGAUUUAAACUCAACGAAAAUUCCAUCGAAAGUGCUAAUAAUCAAGCCUUUGAAAUUGAUAUCUCCAAAACCAAAUUAGUUCAAUCAACUAUCGCUAGAACCUAUUACUCAAAAUGUGAACUUUCAUGUGACGUUUCAUGUAAACGAAGCUUAAUAUUAGAGACUAGUAUUGAAGCGGCUUUAGAUUGGUUUUCUGCUUCUCUUGGACUAUCUCGAAAAACUUCUAAACAAAAGCACGAAUACUAUAUGCAAUCGACAGAACACUUACAUAAUGUGUACAUAAGAGCUGAACUUACUAUUCAAAACUCUUGUAUCAGCCCUAAUGAAAGUUAUGUAAGAGAUAUUGAAAAUGCAGUAAAGGAUACGUACACAACUAAUGAUAAAAUACAAAACCUUCGUCAAGUAUCAGAGAAAUAUGGCCACUUUUAUGCACACAGUCUUUUUAUCGGAGGAGCUAUUAUUAAAGAUAUAGAACAUACUGAAAGUUUAAGUGAAAAUUCAACAUCUAAAUCUACUAGAGCACAAGUUGAUAUAGGUCCCAAUUUACCGAACAAUACUUUACGUGCACGCGUUGAUGUUGAUAUUACUCGUGAAAAUGUGAACAACAUGAAGUUUUCUAAUAGUAAUAAAGAACAGAACGUUCGAACUAUUGGUGGAGAUGAGCUCUCAUAUGAUGAUCAAGAUCCCUCUACUUUAAAGCCCUGGAUAGAAUCCCUUAGAAAGCCCAUUACAUGGAAAAUAAUUGGAUAUAAAAAAAUUUAUCCGCUAUUUGAAUUAUUGGAUGAAGAAUUACAAAAAAAAGUUUUGAAGGCUUUGGGUCCUCGAAUUUUAAAAUCAGGUAUCGAAGUAGCUAGGUUUAAUGGCGAUCCAGGAGAAUUCAAACCACAUAUUUGUAAUUUGACUUCGCAAAUUUAUGAGAUAAAGAAUAUUGACCAAUGUCAGAUUUUUGCUUCAAUAGUAAGCAAAGAGGAAGAUAACGUGUUUUCUUUACAUGUAGAUUUUGAAGAUCGAAAUCCAAUGUUACCUGUAAUUGUUGUUCACCACAUUCAAUGGAAUGACUCUAGAAUUAAAAAGUUUCUAAAGAAAAUCAAAAAUUACUAUGAAGCUAAACUUUGCUGGAUUAUUGUUGGAGUACCUACAAGCUUUGACUUUGAGCAGAUCCAUCAUCCGUUAACACUCGCGAGUGGAACAUAUUCAGCUUCUGAAAGUGAAAAUCUCUGUAUUGUAGAAAUUCCUAACUGUGAAUCUUUAAACUUUAACCAAACGUGUGUAUUAUGCACUUGUAAAUUAGAAGCAACGAAGACUAUUCAACUUACUCAACCUCCUCCAGUACAACAAAUUAAAUAUAAUCCACAGGAUUCAAAGAUUGUUGUUGGUACUCAUUUUACUCCUUGCAAUAAGUCGGCAUGUUUGUUUGCUUAUAAUUUCGAAAAAAAUUUUGUAUAUGAUGAAACAAUUUUGCAAAAGAUGUCAUUGUUUUUUUGUGCUGUUGAUGGGAAAAAUUCCUCUCAAAUGCACAAUUAUGGUCAAAUGUGUGUAGAAUGGCACAAAUCUGGUAACGUAUAUUGUGGUAAAAAUACUGAAGAUAAGAAAACCUUAUCUAUGUUGACUGAUAGUUUAGAGCGCCCAAUUUUAGUAAAUCAGCUUUUUGACAACUGUUCUAAUUGCCAACACCAUGGAUUUAUUAAUAUUAAUAAUUCUGGAAAAAUUAUUUAUGGUCAGUUGAACAAAAAACAAUUAAAAAUUGCCAAUAGAAUUGCUUUUCUUUCAGUUUAG